GCCAAUCGACAGUCGACUGUACAUUUUGUACAUUUAAAGGAAAUAUGAAUACAAGCAYAAGUAACGGAACACAUCAUGAACAUGAGAACCAUAGCUAUAUCUAUAUCACCCAAGUGGUCUCCAUUGUACUCAGCCUCGUUCUUGGUUUAAUGGCUGCAGUAUUUAACGGUCUUCUACUGUUCACCGUUUACAAAGAUCCGCUGAAUUGCUUCCGGAGACGCGCAUCCAUUGUGUUUAUUGYAGGGUUGGCAAUCAGUGAUUUUCUGGCAGGAAUCUUUAUUCAACCAAUCUACGUGAUUUCACUGAUAUUUGCGAUUACUACAGGAAAGGUUGACCUUCUACAUAACAUUGCUUUUCUUGGUUCACAUGUUGGCGGUAAAGUGUCUAUUCUAACAUUGGUCGUACUCUCAGUUGAUCGUCUACUGGCCAUUACUUUACCAUGGAAGUAUAGUCACGUUGUYACACACAAAAGGGCUGCUCUUACAAACWUUGUUAUCUGGAUCACGGUGGCUGCGUUUGAAGCCAGUCAUUCCUUUCCUUCAAUAGAGAGACUGUUGCACAAGAUUGAUUUGCACCUGCAGACUACAGUCCCUAUCAUAGGUCUUCUCGUGAUAUUUACAGCUACAUAUCUUUCAUUCAGAAAACAUGCGAGAAGCAAGGUGUUUGCGCACACACUUCAAACCCGUUCAUCUCGAAAUCAAGUUCGUAACCUUCAAUUGGAGAAGAAGAUGAUGAUGACGAUUUUGCUGAUUUUAUUGGUAGUUCUAGUUUCACUUUUACCAUAUUUAAUUGUGCAGCAAAUUGGUGAUAAUUGUAACCAUCAUAAUCAUCAUGAUGAAAGCCAUGAUGAAUGUGAUAAAAGUAAAGCAGUUCAAGUAGUCGAUAUAAUAUCAAUUAGUUUAUUGUGUGUUAGUUGUGCAAUGAAUCCAAUACUGUAUGGUUGGCGUGUUCCUCAUUUUCGUCAGUCACUCAAAAUGGUUGCCAUUAACAGUAACCUGCGAGUUUUUACGAGAGAGCUUUCAGUACCAUCGACUACAUCUAACCGACGGUAAAUCAGCAGCUCAAGAUGAAUGUCUUGAAAUCCUGUAAAACGUCAUUCAUAAUAUAGGCCUAUGAUAUUCAAGAUGGCCACAGAUACAAUGCUCUCUUGGGCAAUAAACGGAUAAAAUGGACGGAAAAAAUAGCUUGACAAUAGAAAUGAAAUUUGAAAUCUUAUUUAGCGAGAGCCAGAGAAAUUUAGAACAAUUUCCAUGUUGCACUGGACAGAAAUUAUUUACUGUAUCAAAUCCAUACCUAUAGGACAAGAAAUAUGAACUGGUAAUGUAUUUGUAUAUAAUGUGAUUUUCACAUGUGAUCUGUUAUUUCAUUGAAGUUAUAUGAUAAAAUGUUAUUUGUUAGCGCCGGUCAGUAUUAGUGCUAAUCAUUGUAAAGGAAAAAAAAGUAUAAUUGCAGUCUGUCGAAUGUAAAAAUGCCAUAUAUGGUAYAGCUUGAUUCUUCAACUUGCUUUCAUUUCCUUUUCC